AUGUUUCGAAAUAAUAAAGGAAUUGGAAUUAAUACAAGAGCUAGAAAAGGUGCAUCUUCCAUUUCUGCUGAAAAAACGAAGCAAAUUAAUACGGAGAAUCGUGGAACAAGCCCUAUUGCAAAUAAUUCCACCUCAAUGCAAGAACAAGCUACAACAAGUCUUAUUACCAGUGAAAAAGCUCGAUGUAGGUUAAUUUAA